GGCGCGCCCGCGCCCGCGCCCCGCGCGGAGGACCUCAGCCUGGGAGUGGAGUGGCUGAGCAGAUUUGGCUACCUGCCCCCAGCCGACCCCACAACAGGCCAGCUGCAGACACAGGAGGAGGUGUCCAAGGCCAUCGCCGCCAUGCAGCGGUUCGGGGGCCUGGAGACCACCGGCAUCCUAGACGAGGCCACCCUGGCGCUGAUGAAAACCCCUCGGUGUUCCCUCCCCGACCUCCCAGCUGCGGCCCCGGCCCGAAGGAGGCGCCAGGCUCCGGCUCCCACCACGUGGAACAGGAGGAGCCUGUCGUGGAGGGUCCGCACGUUCCCGCGGGACUCGCCCCUGGGCCGGGACACCGUGCGCGCCCUCAUGCACUACGCCCUCAAAGUCUGGAGCGACAUCACACCCCUCAACUUCCACGAGGUGGCGGGCAGUGCCGCGGACAUCCAGAUCGACUUCUCCAAGGCCGACCACAACGACGCCUACCCCUUCGACGGCCCGGGUGGCGCGGUGGCCCACGCCUUCCUCCCCGGCGACCAGCUCUCCGCGGGGGACGCCCACUUCGAUGACGAUGAGUCCUGGGCCUUCCGCUCCCCAGACACCCACGAUAUGGACCUGUUCGCGGUGGCCGUCCAUGAGUUUGGCCACGCCAUUGGGCUGAACCACGUGGCAGCCACGAGCUCCAUCAUGCAGCCGUACUACCAGGGCCCCGUGGGCGACCCUCUACACUACAGGCUCCCCUACGAGGACAGGGUGCGCGUCUGGCAGCUGUACGGCGUGCGGGAGUCCGUGUCCCCCACGGCACAGCCGGACACCCCAGAGCCCGAGGAGCCUCCCCUCCCGCCAGAGCCCCCCAACAACCGGUCCGGCACCCCACCCAGGAAGGACGUGCCUCUCCGCUGCAGCACUGACUUUGACGCGGUGGCCCAGAUCCGCGGCGAGGCCUUUUUCUUCAAAGGCAGGUACUUUUGGCGGCUGACCCGCGACGGGCACCUGGUGUCGCUGCAGCCCGCGCAGAUGCACCGCUUCUGGCGGGGCCUUCCGCUGCACCUGGACGGCGUGGACGCCGUGUUCGAGCGCACCAGCGACCACAAGAUCGUCUUCUUCAAAGGAGACAGAUACUGGGUAUUUAAGGACAAUAACGUAGAGGAAGGAUACCCGCGGCCCGUCUCAGACUUCGGCCUCCCGCCGGGCGGCGUCGACGCUGCCUUCUCCUGGGCCCACAAUGACAAGACUUAUUUCUUUAAGGACCAGCUGUACUGGCGCUUUGAUGAGCACACACGGCGCAUGGACCCCGGCCACCCCGCCCAGAGCCCCCCGUGGAGGGGCAUCCCCAGCACGCUCGACGAUGCCAUGCGCUGGUCCGACGGUGCUGCCUACUUCUUCCGUGGCAAGGAGUACUGGAAGGUGGUGGAAGGCGAGCUGGAGGCGGCACCCGGGUACCCGCGGUCCACAGCGCAGGACUGGCUGGUCUGCACAGACCCACAGGCGGACCCGGAGGGCGAGGAAGGAGAGGCCGGGGCCCACGCCCGGCCAGGACAGCGUGGCCAGAGCCGCUCAGAGGACGGCUUCGAGGUCUGCUCCUGCACCUCCCCCGCCUCCCCUCCCCCGGGGGCUUCGGGCCCACUGCUGGCGGCCACUCUCCUGCUGCCCCUGAUUGCGCUGUGGUCGACGGCCCCCGGCACUCUGACAGCCGCCGGCCUGUGGUGACAGAGCCGAUGGGUCGCAGUGGGCCUCAGGGCAAGGACCAGCGCCCCCACCCCUGCAGUGCCCGGACCGAGAGUUCCUCAGUGGCCCCGGCCUUGCAGAUCCGAACGCACUGCCGGCCCUGAGCAGCGGCCUGGCCGUGCCCCUGCGGACUGGCAGGAGGCCAGCAGAGGGCGCCGCCCCCGGGCGGCUCAGCCGCAGAAGAGCAGAAAAGCAACCUACCACCUGUCCUUCCUUUUCUGCCACGAAGUGGCCUGACUGCCAUCUGUGAGUUGGGGACACUCUGUCAAGGCCGGGCUGGGGACAGGAAGCGUCCCUGCGGCGAGCAGGCAGCUGGAUCGCACAGAACUCAGCUGAUGAGCCAGGGGACGCAGGGCUGGGGACGGGAGGGCAUUCGGUGGCCACGCUGCCCCCAGCCCCACCGGCCAGCACCACCAGCCCCGUCUGUCGUCCAUACUGCUGCCCCUGGUGCUCCCGCCCACGGGGGCUUUUGUCCCCAGUCCCUGCGGGCCUGCAGCUGCCUGCACAGGGAAGCAGAGGAGUCCCCCAAGCUGGGGUCUCUUGAUGCAUUUCAAACAAACACGACCUUUCCCUGCUCCGUAAGCUCAGCUUCAGCUCCCUGGUGCACUGCAGGCAGGAGCCGCGGGGUGGGGGUCCUCUGGGGCCUGGAGGGGCCAUGCGGCCCUGGCCCCAGGCGCAACUGCACUUUGGAGGGGCGGGGGCUUCCAGGAAGGCCCGUGUGGCGCUCGCUCCCUCCCCUGGAGAUCCCCGACACCUACCCGUCCAGCGCCCCCCGACCCUCCUGUCCCUCGGUCCUUAUACCCAUUUCACAGAUGGGGGAGCUGAGGCCCAGCGGGGGGGAAUGAGCCUGCUGCCAGCAGGCGGGGCCGGGGCAGGUCUUAGGACCAAGGCUCUGGCACAUUUGCCUGGGGCUCAUCGACGGAGCCCCUCCCUGCGUGCACGCACUGCUCAGAGCGGACGUGCAGAACGCGCCAGCACCCAUUCUCGGUGAGGCAUCCGGGAUGCCAGCUGCCAAAACCAGGGAGCCUCCCAACAGGAAGUGCAAGGAGGCAGUUGGGCGCCGGUCCAGGGACGGCCCUCCCGCCCAGAGAUCCAGCGACUGGGAGCUGUGCGGCCCAGCCAGGAGAGACCGCCUUUCCCACGGCCUAGCCUGCUCCCUACGCCUGUGGCCUAGCCCCCUCCCCACCGUGGCCUAGCCCCCACCCUGUGACCUAGCCUCCCCCGCCACGGCCUAGCCACCCCUCCCUGUGGCCUACGCCCCCACCCCAGCUGCCUAGCCCUCCCUCCCCUGAACGGCCUACCCCCCCCCGCCCCCCCGCCGGGGUCCCCCCCCCCCCCCGCCCCGAGGCCUAGCCCCCUGCGGCCCUUUCCUUCCUAAUGGAAGCCACUGUCGCCCCAGGUGUUAGACCCUGUGCAGGGAGCGGAGGUCCCUCUGGUCUCAGGGUUCUCACUGGCCCUGAAGCCGGUGCCCGGAGGGCCUACCGGGCCUGGUUACAGCGAGUGCUUCCUACACAGCGUCACCUGGGCCUAGUGGAAAUGCAGAUUCCUGGCCCCGCUCCUAUGAUCAGAUCACUGUGGGGCGGGGGGGUGGGGGGGAGUGUUAACCCCCCACCCCUGUAAGUGAGACAUGGCUUUCCUGGGGGCCCAGAAAGGCUGCCCGGAGUAGGAGGGGCAGAAACAAGGCGGGGGGGAGCUGGUUGUACAGUCAGAGGGAAGAGGCAGGCCAGGGCGGGAGCAGCGGGUGUGAAUGUCAGGUGGCGGGGGUGGGGGGAGCCCAGGAGGACAGGGCCGCCCACGAUUCCCUCUGAGCAAAACCCCACACACUGGCUCUAGGGAGGGGCACAGAUGUCUGCACGUCUCAGGAGAGCGCAGGCUCCUCCAGCCCCGCACCCGCACCCCUGCCCGACACCCAGCAGAAGAGGCAGGUGGGGAGCCCACCAGGACGCGGAUGCGGGGAUGCGGGGAUGUGCGGGUGCACUGCCCGCCCCCCCCCCCACCGGGCCACAUGGGGCUGCGUCCCCAUCCAUGUGUGUGCCAGCUGGUCCUCAGAGCUGGGAGGGGCUCUGCCGGUCCUUCCGGUGGGAACAAGCUGCCUCCUGCUCACCGAGGAUGCCCCUCCAGUGGCCCCCCUGCGUGGGCCGGCAGCUCCGGGGGCACCUGCCCCAGGCCCCCCCAGGUGCACAGCGGCCUGGACCAGGUCCACGAGGCUCUCAGUGCGGGCGGUGGUCUUACUGCCGUGUUGAAGCCAAACGCUCUUUCCAGAAACUUUCCCGCCGGUUCUGCGUCCCGCGAACGCAGCAGCAGCAGCAGGGGUCCCAGGAGAUCCUGCCCGCACAGUCUCUGUGUUUUAGGGGAGUCACCAUUCAGACAUCCGGAGGCUUGUGUUGAAUUCUGGCUUCUCAGCCAGUCUCUGUUUUUACCGCGGGCUGUGCCGGUCCUGCCUGGAGAACUGCCCCCCGCCCCAGGUGACCAGCAGCCGUGUGACAGACCCAGAGACCCCUCAGGAAAGGUCAGGGCGCUGGCGGCCCAGGUGAGGACGGCCGCGCUCACGGCACAUUCCCGGCCCAGGUGCCGGCUGGCGUCCACCUGACGACCACGUGAGCGUGGGCGGCAAGUUUACAAAACACACCUACAGGGGUGACUUCAGGGGCCAGGACGCAGCCGCUCCGGCUCCCACCUUGCGGUGGGGGAAACGGAGGCACGGGCUUAGCUCGGGCUGUGUGGCCAGCACCGCAGACGGGCCCGACCGCGCUGCAAAGGCUGGAGGUCUGCGGCCAGGUGCCGGCGAGACGGCGGGUCCCUGCGGUGUGCCCGUGCGGGAAAGAGCGAGUCCUGGUCCCACGGGGGCCCCACCUCUGUGACCUCGCGUCCACUCUAACCACCCAGAUGCCAUCCCGCUGGGGGCGGGGCUUCCCACGAGGACCCCGGCGUUCGGUGCGAACACACAGGAGCGUGGGCCACAGGCCAGACUCAGACCUCAGCUGCACCUUGCCCUCUCCGCCCACUUUCCUGGGAGCAGGUUGGGGGCUUAGGGAGCUCUGGGGGGCUCGUCACCCCAAGGAGUAAUCACAAUGUAUCGUUCUGGCCCCGUUUCGCACUUUACAAAUACAAACACAAACUCA